AAGGGGGGCGCGCGGCGCGCGGACAAUACCGGGGCGGCGGCGGCUGCUCGGCCCGACUCGGCCUCGAUCGGCUCCACCCGGCCCCGCUCGGUCCCGCUCGGCUCGGCCCCGCUCGGCCCCGUUCGUUUCGGCCCGGCCCGGCUCGGCCCCGCUCGGCUCGGCCCGGCCCCGCCCCGGCUGACCCCGCUCGGCUCGGCUCGGCGCGGCCCGGCCUGGCACCAUGCUGGCGCUCUUCAACAAGCUGCUGGACUGGUUCCGGGCGCUGUUCUGGAAGGAGGAGAUGGAGCUGACCCUGGUGGGGCUGCAGUACUCGGGCAAGACCACCUUCGUCAACGUGAUCGCGUCAGGACAGUUCAAUGAAGACAUGAUCCCAACAGUGGGCUUUAACAUGAGGAAGAUCACCAAGGGGAACGUUACCAUAAAGCUCUGGGACAUCGGUGGCCAGCCGCGGUUUCGCAGCAUGUGGGAGCGGUACUGCCGCGGAGUCAGUGCCAUAGUGUACAUGGUGGACGCUGCCGACCAGGAGAAGAUAGAGGCGUCCAAGAACGAACUGCACAACCUGCUCGACAAGCCGCAGCUCCAGGGCAUCCCGGUCCUAGUCCUGGGGAACAAACGAGACCUGACCGGUGCCUUGGAUGAGAAGGAGCUCAUUGAGAAGAUGAACCUCUCCGCCAUCCAGGACCGAGAGAUCUGUUGCUACUCAAUCUCCUGCAAAGAAAAGGACAACAUCGACAUCACCCUACAGUGGCUUAUCCAGCACUCGAAGUCCAGGAGAAGCUGAGAUCCCGCGGACGGCGGCUCGGAUGGGGAAGAUGCCAUUGUACAAGCCCAUGCCCCUUCUCUCUCCUGCUCUGUCCCUCCGGCUCUCUCUCUAGAUGGGUAUUUUUAGGGGACCCCAGACUCCACUCGCAUUGAGGUGGAGCCCUUGUUUUUAUUGUAAAGAAAAUGUCCGACUCUUGCCUCUCUCUCCUGUCCUCUCUCUGUCUCUUCCUUCCAUUUUGGCACUGUUCUGUUGUUGUCUGUGUAUACAGUAUAUAUAUAUAUGUAUAUAUAUUUUAAUUUUUUAAUUUAAGCGACAGCGCUGUUACUAAACUGGGCCCCGUGAAGCGGUAGGAAGGCCGUGGGCUCCCUGAGGCUGGCUGAGGGUCAGCGCUGGGAGGAAGAUGAGGGCAGAAGGCAGCCCCUUGAGGAUGGGGCCGUGCCAGGCUGCGGGCUGGUCCCCUGAGGCUCCCUCAUCCCUCCCCUGGGUGUCCUGCCUGUACCCCUGGGCAGGGAGCAUCCCAGGGGUGUCGGGAGCGCCACUUAUCCCCCUCCCUUGCCCUUCCAUGGGCAGAGUGUGUGGAGGAGGCGAUGCCAGCCCCCAGGCUCCUCACCCCUCCAUGGGGACAGGGGUUACUUGUGACCCGCUGCAAUCAGCCUUCCCACUCCGUUCACUGCCCCAGCCCCUCCUCACUGCCCUGGGCUGCAUGUCUCCCUGCCCCACGUCCCCCGACCCCUGCAUGUGGGCCCAAUCCUGCCCCACUGGCCCGUCCUGCUCUGCUGGGCUGGGGCAGCAACCCAAGGGGCUGGCGCCAGUGCAGGGGUCCAGCAGCUCCUGUGGGGAGCGGGGGGUCAGCUCCUGCCCCUGGAGGUGCCUGGGCCCCUGCAGCCCCUCGGAGUGGCCGUGCAGGCUCCUGGGUGCCGAAGGGCUCCGCUGCACCUGGCUGGGGCUGUGGGCUCUGCCUGGGCCGAGGACAUCGCGCAGGGACACCAGGAAAGGGGACAGCUGGAGACACGUGUGGGGCCACGAGAGCCCCUGUGCAGCAGCAGAGCUGCCCCACAGAGCCGGGGGGAGCUCCAAGUUCUGUCCUACUCCCUGCGCCAGCACCCGGCUCUGCUGCCCUGGCUGGGGUGGAAAUGAGGGCAGUGGGGCUCGGGAUGACAUGAUUGGGUCCCUGUCAGCAGGGAGAGGGCGAGAAGAAAUUUUGGGGGAUGUCAGGAAGGCUUUGCCCAUCUGUGCCAUGUGAUGAGUUGUUUGGUCUCUGCAGGCACAGCCUGUGGGCCUGGCCGGGUUGUCUGGGGCCAGUUUGGGGGGACUCAGCGGGGCUGGGGGGAUGCGCUGGGGUCAGGUUGGUGGCACAGUGGGGAGGCAGCUGCCCGUCCCCAGCGCGGGGGCCGCGGGACCCCUGGCGCUGCCCCUUCCCCUGCUCGGCUCCGGGGCGGUGAGGCGGCGAGUUUCUCUUCUGUUCUUGUUUUUGCAGAAUUGCACAAAGAGAGGUUUCCUUUUUCUUUUUUUUUAAUUUAAUGAAUUGUAAAGUGUCGUCAACCCCACCCCCACCUUUUUGUUUUUUUUAAGAGAUAUUUUGGCUCAGAUUUGACCUCUGUUGGGAAAUGACUCUUGUAACUGUACAAUUUUUUUGCCUCCUAAUAAUAAUAAAUUAACAAUUUUGCGUUG